CUCCCCCCUCCCCCCCCUUCCCCAGCCAAGGGGUCCUGCAACAUUUAGGGAAGCGGAGAAGGGGCGUCCGAGUUGCAGAAGAUUUGGCAAAAUGAUGUGUGUGUUUCUCUUUGGAACUUUCCCUCCUCCUGGGGGAACAGAGAUGGUGGCGACGGAACCCUUCCAGGCACCCCCAUUCUCGUUUGAAGAGGUGGCUGUGUAUUUUGCAGAGGAAGAGUGGACUCUCCUGGACUCAGAGCAGAGAGACCUUUACUGGGACGUAAUGCAAGAGAACUAUGAGAAUGUGGCUUCGCUGGCGGUUCCAAUCCCGAAACCUGAGUUGAUCUCUCGUCUGGAACGGGGAGAAGAGCCGUGGAUCCCCGCCCAAGCAGCUCCAGAGGAGAAAAAAAUCCCCCUCAACAUUUAUGAAGGAAAUAACUUUGCCUUGACUUCCCCCACCACCCCAGCAAGCGAGGUGAUCGUGAGGGAGAUCAAGGAAGAGAUUGCGGAACCCGAAGUUCUGGAUCCAGCGGAUCCCCAGUGGACUCUGCUGGGGGCACCCCCGGAGGACGCUUCCCUGGUGGCAGAGGCCCGGCGCGGCCUGCAGAGGCCGUGGGAGCUGCAGGCGGGGCACGUCUGGCGGGAGCCCUCCAGGCACGUGAGGGCGGCCAGUUCCAAGCGCAGCAUGUUCCACGUGGGGCGGAAGAAGCUCAUGUGCCCCGAGUGCGACCGGUGGUUCCACUGCAAGUCGGAGUUCUUGCUGCACUGGCGGACCCACACGGGCGAGAAGCCCUACCAGUGCCUGGCCUGUGGCAAGCGCUUCAUCCAGAGCUCCCACCUCAGUGCCCACCGGCGCAUCCACACGGGUGAGAAGCCCUAUGAGUGCCCCCGGUGCGGGCGGAGCUUCAACCGGCGCUCCACCCUGACGGAGCACCUGAGGAUCCACACCGGGGAGAAGCCGUACAAGUGCCUGCAGUGCGGGGAGAGCUUCCGCUGGAGGCCCUACCUGACCAAGCACCAGCGGGCCCACCUGGGCAGCACUGCCUACAGAGGCCUCAGCAACAGAGAAGCCAUCUUUGAAGACGCGGCCCGUCCCGAGCCGCAGGGAAGACUCUCAGAUGCCCCUGCCUACUGGCAUAGCAUCCAAAAACCAAAGCAAAGGGCUAUUAACAUGAUUAAUAUCAAUGAGAUUAUUAUGACUGUCGAUCAUGGGUCCAAGAGAGAUGAUUUCUUACGGAAUGAAACUGCUGUAAGCAAAGAUCCAACUGCAGAAGAUAUCUCAGCCGUUCGAAACAACUCCAUCUGUGGCGAUUAA